AUGACUGUGCAACUAACUUUAACGUUCGACAAGGACAAAGUCUAUAGCUGCGGUGAAUUUAUUGAUGUGACUAUCCAUUUAACCGUACAAGGCUAUUUCUAUCUCAGGAGUUUGGGUUUCUUCUUGAAGGGAACAGCUACGACCAUCGGUGUCUCCAAGCAGCUGCUCUUGCCCAGAAGAAGUAUGUGCAACAUAGACAAGACAACUUUCACUGAAGACAACACUACAGAGUUGAUUUCUCAGUAUGUUGCUGUCAUCUCAGAGGAGGAGCUUCUUUCCCCAGGGAAAUAUUGGCGAACUGGAAAGAUAAAGCUCCCAGAUUCGUAUACCAACUGUAAGAAGCCUAGCCUUGUGCCUGCCAUUUAUAGACAUUCAUUCCAAAGGCAUGAGGUUUACUUCUUACCGCCUUCGUUUUCCUAUGUCGGCACCGAAGGUGAGCUGGUUGAAAUAAGCUAUAAGUUAGUGCCCGUUUUGAAUGAGGAGUUGGAAGGGCCUGACCGUAUACUUGGAACUCCAUCCCACCUAACGUUCGAUCCCCAGUCAUGUUCGCAUGGACCAGACCUCUUGAAAGUGUUUACCAAAAAGAAUGAUUAUCAUCACGUUUUUUACGACAAUAAAAGCGUUGUCCAUGGCCAAUGGCAUCUGCCUUUUUCCAUUGCUUCUCAUAUUCAACGAAUCACUGUGGGAGCUUCUUUCGAAUACAAGGAUACUUUUGGCAACUGUGAAGGUAAUAUUGUCAGUAGAACGUUAAUCGCUGGAGAAAAUCUAUCUCGAUUCGUUGGCUAUGGGUUAGUCAUGCCCCCUGCCAUUAUUCACCCGUAUUUUGAAAGUCUAACGAGCAUAACCCAUCAACCAGAUAACAUAUUGUUAUCCAUUCAAGAUUUGAAGGUCAAGUUGUGUCAGAAACUUAGCUUUACAUCGAUUUCAAGAGUGAUUACUGAGGGCAGUGCCGAGACAUUACGGAGUACGAGACAAAAGAGAGGCUUUUAUGAAGAAGUGGCAGUUUUGGUGCAUCGUCCUGGAACAGAACGUUUGCUUUUAGAAAAGAGCCACUUUGAAAAUCAUGAAGGAAAGGAGCCCUUAGUCAAGUAUACUGGUAUGUUGCCUAGCACUUGGUUUGACGCUGUAAUUCCUGAGCUUCCAUCUUCAUUUGCUAUACUGGAAGUGUCGUUACAAUACUAUUUAGUGUUGGAGGCUAGUUGCACAACUGUUCAUGGACCAGCAGAGCCUAUCGUUUUAAGAGUGGAGAGUGCUGUCAUGGUUCACAAACCACCUAUGGUAUCUAACCUCUUUGCUCUUCCCAAUAACUUGAGUAAUGAUGACUUGCCGGCAGAAACACUUCCUUUGGUCCAUAAAUGGACGCACACUCACUCCAUUCUAUGCGUCACGCCGGCUCCAGGAAAAGAGUUGAUCUUCUGUGGAACGCAAGAUUCCAACAUCUUGGUCUUUGACUUGAAGAGCUAUAGUCUUAAGCAUAUCAUAAACUGUGGAAGAAACCACUUUGCAACGUCAGUUCUUUGCCUAACAAUUAGCCCAGAUGAGAGGUUCUUGUUCAGCGCAGGCUCUGACUCAUUAGUGAAGGUUUGGGACUUAUCACCUUUCGACGAUCCAGAUCUCUCCAACUAUAACAUCUCAUGCACUCAUAUCGUCUAUUCGUCGAUGGAUAUUGGUGACAUUUUCUCCAUUUACUGGUCUGAGAAACUUUCGGCAUUAUUCAUUGGUUCCCAGAACGCUUCUAUUCUGUGGUGCCGUUUGCCUUUAGAGCCCGAUGCAAAUGCUAAUAUUGCUAAGUCUAUUGAUCGCCUCCCACAUUUCAGGUAUGAUAAGUUUUUCGAUUCUAAAGGACCGGGCGGAUCCAUUAACAAAAUCCAAUCAGCGCAUCAAAUGCUCAAGAAUAGUUCCAGUUCCGAGGGUGGACCGUGCCUCGUAGAGAUCCAAAAUUCUGACGUGAUCCGUUUCGCCCACAACGGCUAUGUUUAUUGUUUGGAGUUCUUGACUGAUCUGAACGCCGCUGCAUUCUGCGACCUCUACACUUCAUCCCAGUACGAUGGCUUCUUAGCUAGUUGCGGAGGAGAUGGUGUAAUCAAAGUCUGGGGAAUCACUGCAAGUAGGGACGGCUCUAUAAAGCUAUCUUUACUCAGCAAGUUAGAGAAUGACGAAGCAAUCUUGUCCAUGCAUGUCGUCGACUCCACAAUUUGCGUUGGAUUGGGCGACUCCACAAUCAACGCAUGGGACUUGACCACUUUCCAGCUUACACGCUCAUUUAAAUUCAUCUCCAACCAAGCCAGGACAGAUGAGGUUUUAUCUUUAUGCAUUCAUAAUGGUUGCAUCUACAAGGCCACAAACAUGGGUGGCCUUUGCAAAUUCCCACUCAAAAGUGAUAUCCAUGGUGAUGCGCCUGAUGGUGACGAUGAGUCAAAAUCACACCCUGUCAGAAGCGCUGUGAGUUUCAACACCAUCCAGCAAGAAGAGCUUCAUGACGCUAACGAAAGUUCAGUUUUUGCCGUUCAAGCGUUUGAUUUUAGAGGUUCUACAUAUCUUCUAUCCGGAGGUGGCGGCUCGCUCUGCCUUUGGAAUAUCACUGAUGUCGGUGAUCCAGGUACUGCCAACUCGAACGAAGGAAACGGGCUUCUCAAGUUUUCCAAUGGUGUUGACACCUCUAACGAGCAUUUACUUGAGUCGUUAAGAAAAAUCAUAACAUAUAAGACUAUCUCAAAGUAUCCCAGCACCUACCUCGAAGACUCAAGAAGAUGUGCACAAUUUUUGAAUAAACUUCUACGGUUGCUUGGGGCAUCCGAGGCUAAACUUUUGCCUGUCCCCAACUGCAACCCAGUUGUUAUGGGAAGGUUCACGAGAAACGAAAAAGCAAGCCUUGACAAGGAACGCAAAACUCUCCUUUGGUACGGACAUUAUGAUGUCGUCGAAGCAGCGGCCGAUAAAGAGUGCUGGUCUACCGAUCCUUUUGAAUUGGUAGCAAAGGAUGGUAACCUAUACGCUAGAGGUGUAUCGGAUAACAAAGGUCCUACAUUAGCGGCAUUUUAUGCCGUGCUGGAUCUUCACAAGAAAGGAGAACUUCCGAUUGAUGUGGUUUUCAUUAUUGAGGGCGAAGAAGAGUGUGGCUCAAUUGGUUUCCAACAGGCAAUGCAUGAAAAUAAGGAUGCCAUUGGCGUGGUUGAUUGGAUCCUUCUCUCAAACUCUUACUGGCUAGAAGAUGAAGUUCCAUGUCUCAAUUACGGUUUACGUGGGGUCUUGAAUGCUUCACUUUGUGUGACAUCAGACAAGCCAGACAGACAUUCGGGGGUAGAUGGUGGGGUUUCGAAAGAACCAACAAUGGACUUGAUUCAAAUUCUUGGCCAACUCAUGUGCUCCACCCUGAACAAAAUUAAUAUCCCCGGCUUCUACGACGAUGUGUUGCCGAUCGACGAGACCGAAUUAAAGCUCUACCAGAAGAUCAAAGACGUGUCUCGGUCCCACGACAUCUCAAAUGCCGACCUUGAUACACUCCUUGCGAAGUGGAGAAAUCCUUCAUUGACGAUUCACAGGCUUGACGUAUCAGGUCCUAAAAACAAUACUGUGAUAUCGAAAAGUGCACAAGCCUCGGUAUCUAUUCGUGUUGUUCCCAACCAGGAUCUCCGCACAAUCAAGCAGGCCUUCACCUCCUACAUGCAGAAGUGCUUUGAUGCUUUGGGUACUGAGAAUGACCUUAAGAUCGAUAUUUUCCACGAGGCUGAACCUUGGUUGGGAAAUCCUAACAAUCUUGUGUUCAAAAUCCUUUAUCAAAACAUAAAGAAAAACUGGGGUCCUUCCUAUCCGGAUCCAUUAUUUAUUAGGGAGGGUGGAUCCAUUCCGUCCAUUCGCUUCUUGGAAAAGACCUUCAAUGCGCCUGCUGCACAGAUUCCAUGUGGGCAGGCAAGCGAUAAUGCACAUCUUAAGGAUGAGAAGCUCCGAAUCAUUAACUUGUUUAAGUUAAGAAGCAUCUUGACCGACUCCUUUAGAGAUUUGGGUCAUUAA